AUGGCCAACUCCAAAAACACCGACUUCACUGGCAACCUCCAGGGUGUGGCAUUAGAUGGUCAUUGCGCGCCUCUCAAUGCCGAUGCGGAUAGCUUUGUCGCUCAACUUGUACCUCCUCCUGCACCUGCUGGCCCUUUUACCAUCGAUAUUGCUGUUGAGAGUAGCACUCCUCAAGCCAACCCUAGUCGACCUCAAUUUCUCAAGAGUAUUACUAUAAACGCCGUCAAGGAGGAUGAAUGGAACAGUACCGUCCUCCCCUAUAUUCGUCUACUCUCGUUCACUGUCGCCUCGACCACGGACGUCUUCUUCAUUGGGGCCAUGCUCAUAGCUCUUCCGAGCCUCGUCAACAGCAUCCUCAAGAUCGACAUAAGUGGCUUCCACUGGUUCUCUGGUAUCUCCGACAAUCGCAGAUCAAACCCCUUCAUGGUACUCGCUUCGAAUCUGCCUUCACUCAGGGAGAUGCAUCUCACCCUCCACACUUCCAUGAUGACGGACUCGAAGUGGGGUGAGAGGCAGCUUUUUGAGCUGGAGCGCACUGAUCCCGAUCAGGCCAAAGAGAGGAGAGUGAGAUCAGUUUCUGAGAUCACCGGCCGAUAUGGUAUGGCAUUGAUUUUCAGAAGCAGUGCUCUGGAGUACAUCCGUCUGGUCUACAUCAAGAGCGAAAUGGUCACUGCUUUCGUUGUGGAAGGCAAUCUUGAGGUUGUCCUUACCAACCUCAGGAACUGGUUGGUGCAAGGCUUCAGGGAGCAAGGCCGGGAGAUAGUAGUGGAGCUUUCACUUGCAGCUUGA